AUGGGGUUCUUCAAUGGCUGGCCAAUCUGGCAAAAGCUAGUAUUCAUACUUGGCUGUGCUAUUGUUAUCACAGUUAUUAUGGGCUGCUCCAAACUGAUCUACACCCAUUGGAAAUCGACCACAACGUCGGAAAAGGAGAGGAUUGAAGAGGUAGCGCAGCGGCAGAUGAGCCAACGUCGGAGGGCUGGCUCUGUACCCUUUGGCAUAAGAGCAAUCGAAUCUGGGAUUGAAGWUGAAGGCGUGUGGAUUUCGCGUCCCAACUCACCAGACGGCGCGCGAGACACCUCUCUUGUGUCUUCCAAGUGGGAUUACGGACCUGGAAAAGACUUCAUCGUCGAGAUUGAGAGUCAGAACUCCAGUCCAACCACUGACUACGCCGGCUCGAGGUCUACUUUGGCUCGUCCGGCAUCUGCGAAACGACCCUCGAACGAUCGCUCGAGUCAAGAUUCAUCGCCAAAUACCACAAUGAGCAAAGCAGCCAGGAGCAAACAUCCCCCGCUAGCAUACUCCAAGUAUACUGGCAACCCAUCUCUACAGCAAGGGUCAGUGACGGGCACGCUCGAUGGACUCGAGGCAAUAUAUAGAGCCUCUGGCCCAAUGAAAUCAGUCGGACCUUUCGAUUCGAGUAUGGCUGAGGAGAGAUUGGGAAGCAGUGGAUCUUCUAACAAGUCUAUCACCGACUGUGAACCCAUAUCAGCAUCCGCACCACGCCUGCUAAACACCCAGAGAACAAGACAGCAGUCCGCCGAUCUGGAACUACGCCGAAUGUCCCAGGCUGCGGAGUGUGGGCAGCUCACUCCCCGCAUAAGACGAGGAGAUGGAUGUAGCACGUAUGAGACCGGGGACUCACCCAUUUAUCAAUCACCCCCACCAUCAAGGAAAGAAUCACCUUCACCGGCUUGGUCGUAUCAGAUCAGCAAAAUCCCUCCGGCAGUACCCAAGUCAAGUCUUCCGGAUGUGACGCCAUUCACGCAGUUCUGUUUGACUGCACCCGCGGACCCGCAGUCGAGACCAUGCAGUCCUGUAGGUAGCAUGAGGAGUAUGAGGAGCAACAGCUCCAGCUCGCGACCCGGUACCAGACAGCAGACCAGUCGAAGCCCUCUGCACACGACAUCGCCGUCUACCAAGCCAACACCUCGCUCAUCCUUUGAGAGGCACGAUCCGAGCAUACUGCGAGGACACGGAACAGGUUUUGAGAUUCUCCAGCCUGGCACAUUUCCAGAUCGAAAGCUUAAUCCUCCCAUCAGCCUCCACAACAACAGCUCUCGAACGAGAUCGAACAGCACAGACCAGACACACAAUAAGUUACAGAAGAAGAGGCGACCCAGCGUCGAAUCCAAUACGAGCUCGCUAGAUAAUGGAUCCAGUAUUGCCUGA